AUGGCUGAUCGCUUCAAAAACCUCGCAAAGAAUGGCUGGCACCCAGAGAAGAGCAAGACAAGCAGUUCAGGUGCUGCGAGCGACUCAAAGUUCGGUCAAGUGAAAGGAUGGGUAGGCAAGGCACAGGGGAAAGAUACCCACGCUGAGGCUGCUCGUGAGCAUCAGUCUGCACCGCUGUCAACCUUGAAAGACCCCGCGUCUUUUGCGCCCCCACCGAAACGAAUCCCAGGAGCAUCACCGGUCUCCGGUGGACUUGGUGCUGCACCGCCAGACUCGGCAAGACAACGCUUGCAGGGAAAGGAAGAGGCGCAGAGAAGAGCAGAGCAGGAGUCAGUACCGCAAGGGCCCUAUAGAACAGACACAACAGGGCUCAGUACUGCUCACCUGCCCAAACCGCCAGCAUUCAGACCAAAUGCUGCCACGCCUCCUCCAGUGCCAGCCUCGAGAGCGAACCCCCCUAGCCUGCCACCAAGGCUCCCUCCACGCCAAACAGAGAACGUCGACGAGUACACACCGCCUGCACCCCCAUCGUAUGGAGAGGCUAUACAACAGCCGGCGGCGCAUACUCUCAAUCAGGGAGCCAUGAACCGUCUGGGUCAGGCUGGUGUAGCGGUGCCAGGCUUGGGCAUUGGCCGCAAUGCUUCUCCGCCUGUACCACCUCGUCAGCGCACAUUGGCACCUCCUCCACAAGCACAUCAAGCCUCGAACUCGUCCACAGCAGCGCCGAUAUCUCCCCCUGCUACAGCGAGCAACGCCCCACAGCUCAACGAACUGCACAACAGGCUCGCCAAGAUGAACAUAUCGUCUACAGCAGAGACAGCACCGAGCGCAGGGACAUCUUGGGCGGACAAGCAAGCAGCCCUCAGAACUGCCAGCAAUAUCCGCAACGAUUCAUCCAAAGUCUCUAGCUCAGAUCUGAAGAGUGCAGCAUCGACAGCCAAUAACUUCAAACAACGGCAUGGGGAACAAACAGCGUCAGGCUGGCGGGCAGCGAGUGGGCUCAACCAGAAGUACGGCAUUGCAGGCAAGGUGAACAGCUUUGCAGUGGGAUCAAACACACUGGCAUCAUCCCAAGCACCUGUUACAGGAGGAAUAGGAAAGAAGCCUCCACCGCCGCCAGCUAAGAAACCAGCGUUGACAUCUACCAAUUCUGGAGAACCGCCGCCAAUCCCAUUGAGCAGCAAACCUAAGUUCUAA